AUGGCACCUGUAGGUCUUGCAAUUCUUAUUGGCGCUGGCCCUGCUACUGGAGCUGGUAUUGCAAGAAUACUAGCACAUCCUUCACAUGGCAACCUUGCUGUCGCGUUACUCGCCCGACGACAAGAGGCUUUGAACGACCUAGUCAAAGAUCUGCGAAAGCAGACACCAGAGGGUGUCUUUGAGACCUUCGCCACCGAUACUGCGCCGGAAAAUCUGCGGAAGGCAUUCGCGGACAUCGAGUCUCAUGGGUCCUUCAAGGACCUGAAGUUGCGGUUGGCCAUCUACUCUAUCAAGAACAGUUCAAAGAAGCCCUUCAUGCAGGAGACCUUUGAGGACUUUAUGGAUCCUCUUGCGACCUAUGUUGGCGGCGCGAUGGUGUUUGCCCAAGAGUCGCUAAAACGAUUCUUCGAAGACCAUGGCGAGAAGACUCUGGCCGAAGGUGCUGAGAAGAAGGGUACCAUCAUCUUCACUGGUACUCUGGGCGCACUACGAUGUAAUGCAGAAUUCGGUAGCUAUGGUGCUUCGAGAGCGUCUGUCAGACAAUUAGCACAAGCAUUGGCAAAGGAGAUGUCUGCGAAAGGUGUCCACGUGGCACAUGCAAUAGCGAAUGGUCGAAUUACUGAUGCCGACAACGAGGACACGAAGGCGGGCAAGCAUAUCGCGGCUGAAGCUGUGGGCAAAACAUAUCUGUUCCUGCACGAGCAACACCCUACACUCUGGACUCACGAGCUUGAUCUUCGUCCGGCCCAGGAGAAGUUCUAG